CCUGUGGCUGGGCGCCAGUUAUCGAGUGCUGAAAGGGAUUUGGUGUGAGUGCGGCCGCUAGGACGCUGCUGGUGAUGAUGGUUCAUCCAGGCCCCAGGCUUGCGAGAAAUCAAGUGCCGGCCCGGGCAGUGGAGUGGCUGCUGGAUGCCGAGGUUUAAGCCGCAGUCGCCGCCUUCUGGGUUCUAGGCCUGUGCCUCAACCCCGGGAUCACAGCGCAGCAUGAAUGAUGCGUGGGCAGGGCCGUGUCUCUCAUUUCCCCUUAACAAACGCUAAAUGACCCGAACCCAACAGGAAAAGCUGUAGCUUUAUUCCAGAUCUCCCAGCAGCAGAGUCUGCUGAAAACUUAUUGAAUAGUGAAGCACGUUCAUGGACUUUCCUUUUUUAUAGCCUCAUGCGGAACUCGUAAAAAAAAAGCAGGCCGAUUUUUAAAUUUAUCUUGCAGGCUGGUAUUUUCAAGAAUACACACCAAGCUGGGCAGAUGCUGUCCAGGACAUGGUGACAGAGGAGGAAACUCAGUCAAUCGAAGGGUUUAAAAUUGAUGAGGAGGUCUUGGAUAAGCUGUCGGCACUUGAAGUUAAAUAAGGCGCUGGGACAGGAUGAGAUGCAGCCAAAAAAUAUUGAAGGAAGUGAGUGUGGAAAUUGCAGAGGCACUGGCAACAAUCUAUCAAUGUUCCCUGGAUUCAGGGGAGAACUGGAGAAUUCCAAACAUCACACCAUUAUUCAAAAAGGUUGUAAAGAUCUGCCCUGCAAUUACAGACCAAUUCAUAAUGUUACAAACUGAGGUUUGUGUGUUUGUUUCCCUUCAAUCAAGCUGAUCAACUGAUGUAAAAAUAUUUGGGAAGAAUCCUGGUGAUCUGGUAGUAAAUAUGAGUGGGUCAAAACCUGACAUCCUUUGGGCUCCUCAUCAUGUGGACAGAUUUGUUGUUUGUGACUCUGAACUUUGCCUCUAUCGUACAGAAUCAGUAGGAACUUUUGAAGCUAAAGCUGGUUCUUUGAGACUUUCAGAGGACACCACUGCCACACUGCUAGCAAUUAACUCCGACACCCCUUAUAUGAAAUGCGUGGCUUGGUACCCUAAGUAUGACCCAGAGUGUUUACUUGCUGUUGGUCAAGCCAAUGGACGGGUUGUCCUUACUAGCCUAGGUCAAGAUCGCAAUUCUAAAUGCAGAGAUUUGAUAGGAAAGGAAUUUGUUCCUAAGCAUGCCCGUCAGUGUAAUACAUUAGCUUGGAAUCCUGUGGACAGCAAUUGGCUUGCUGCUGGACUGGACAAACACAGAGCAGAUUUCUCAGUACUCAUCUGGGAUAUCAGCAGCAAAUAUACACCAGAGAUAGCUGUCCCAGCAGAGAAGGUUCGACUUUCUGCUGGUGAUACAGAUGCUGGCCUUGUUGUAACAAAGCCUUUGUAUGAACUAGGCCAAAAUGAUGCAAGUCUCUCCCUUUGCUGGCUCCCAAGAGACCAAAAGCUGCUGCUGGCGGGCAUGCAUCGCAAUCUUGCAAUUUUUGACUUGAGAAACACCAGCCAAAAAAUUUUUGUCAAUACAAAAGCUGUUCAGGGUGUAACUGUUGACCCGCACUUCCAUGAUCGUGUAGCAUCUUUUUUUGAAGGUCAAGUAGCAAUCUGGGACCUAAGGAAAUUUGAAAAGCCAGUGUUGACAUUGACUGAGCAACCAAAACCAUUAACAAAAGUGACUUGGUGUCCAACUAGAACUGGUUUACUAGCUACGUUGACACGCGAUAGUAACAUAAUUCGCCUGUAUGAUAUGCAGCAUACCCCAACACCUAUUGGAGAUGAAACUGAGCCCACCAUAAUAGAAAGGAGUGUGCAACCAUGUGAAAACUACAUUGCUUCAUUUGCUUGGCAUCCAACAAAUCAGAACCGCAUGGUUGUGGUGACACCCAACAGAUUGAUGUCAGAUUUCACCGUCUUUGAGCGAAUAUCAUUGGCUUGGAGUCCAACUACUUCUCUGAUGUGGGCUUGUGGUAGACAUUUGUAUAACUGCAAUGAAGAAGGAGAAACUAGUUCUGGAGAGAAAGAUGUUGCUACGAAAAUGAGGCAGCGGGCAUUAUCAAGAUACGGACUUGACACAGAGCAAGUGUGGAGAAAUCACUUGUUGGCUGGAGAUGACGACCUACAGCUAAAAUCUUUAUGGUACACCCUGCAUUUCAUGAAACAAUAUGCUGAAGAUGCAGAACAGAAAUCUGUGAACAAAGUGCCUCACGUAUACUCUGGAAUUAAAACAAUAGUAAAAUCAAGUGCAGAGAGAAAAACAGAGUGUUAUAAGCAUGGUUGGACUGGGUCUGAUCGGCAGACAGAUUUUAUCAGGUACCAGAGUGAGGAACGAUGCUUGGCUUUGCAACUUUGUGGCUGGAUCCAAAAAGGACCAGAGAUUGAUGUGGGUCCCUUCCUGAAUGCAUUAGAGCAAGGAGAAGAAUGGGAACGUGCUGCUGCUGUUGCACUUUUUAAUCUUGACAUUCGAAGAUCAAUAGAGAUUCUCAACAAGGGAGCUGCUUUGGGAAAAGGAGAUUUGAACCUAAAUGUUGUAGCUAUGGCACUGUCGGGUUACACAGACGAAAAGAAUUCUCUGUGGCGAGAAAUGUGUAGCUCUCUGAGGCUGCAGCUAAAUAAUCCUUAUCUGUGUGUCAUGUUUGCCUUUCUGACUAGUGAACCAGGGUCAUAUGAUUGUGUGCUGUAUGAGAGCAGUGUAGCAGUACGUGAUAGAGUGGCCUUUGCUAAUAUGUUCCUAAAUGACACCCAGAUCCUUCGGUAUAUUGACAAGCUAACUAAUGAAAUGAAAGAAGCUGGAAACUUGGAGGGAAUCCUAUUAACAGGCCUGACAAAGGAUGGCAUUGACCUAAUGGAGAGCUAUGUGGAUAGGACUGGCGAUGUACAGACAGCAAGUUUCUGUAUGUUGCAGGGCUUUCCAAGUGAUGUUGUGAAAGAUCCCAGGGUCCAAUAUUGGAUAGAGAAUUAUAGAAACCUGCUUGAUGCUUGGAGGUUCUGGCACAAGAGGGCUGAAUUUGACAUCCAUAGGAGUAAAUUGGACCCAUUUUCAAAGCCUCUUGCACAGGUAUUUGUGAGCUGCAACUUCUGUGGAAAAUCAAUAUCGUUUAGUUGUUCUACCAUGCCACACCAGGGACGAAGUUUCAGCCAGUAUGGUGUUAGUGGUUCUCCAACCAAAUCAAAGGUCACAAGUUGUCCAGGAUGUCGUAAACCUCUCCCCCGCUGUGCACUCUGUCUUAUCAAUAUGGGAACACCAGUUUCAAGCUGUUUAGGAACUGGAAAGUCUGAUGAAAAGGUUGAUCUCAGCAAAGACAAGAAAUUGGCUCAGUUCAAUAACUGGUUUACUUGGUGCCAGAACUGUCGUCAUGGAGGACAUGCUGGUCAUAUGCUCAGCUGGUUCAGGGAUCACAAUGAAUGUCCGGUAUCUGCCUGUACCUGUAAGUGCAUGCAGUUGGAUACAACAGGAAAUCUAAUCCCAGCAGAAAUAUCCCAAAGCUAAAGAAAAAUGGCAAGAAUCCAAGACACUGUUUUCUAAUUGUCCUUUGAAACCUCCAUGUGUACCUUCUGUCACUGAGCAUCCAUUGCUGUCAAAGUAAUGGGAAAAAAAUUGAUACAUCAUCUUGCCAAUUUGAUGUCUGAAUUAUUUUGAUGUACAUUAUAUACCCAGGUAUAGCAGCAAUGAGCCUGGUUGUGUCCUGUUUUUGAAGCUGAUUCAGUUCAUUUCAAGACUCUCCUGGGGCUAGGAGUCUGAACCUCAUGCAGGAAAUGUCCUAAAUGAUACUCAGCAGAACUUGAACUUGACACUAGAAAUGAACCAAUAUUUAUCUUCUGUCUUUAGCAGUAAAGUAAUUUUUAGCUCAAACUUGUGAAAAGCUGAACUCAGUGCUCUCAGAAUGAGACACUUUAACAAAGACUGCUUGGAUUCAUGUUGUAAAAAUUAUACAGAAGUUUAAUUCUAAUUUUCUGGAACUGAAAAUAAUGUAUGAGGAGGAUAUGCCAAUAUAACAUGGCAUCAAACAAGAUUCAACACUGGUGUAUUUAUGCAUCAAUGAUUUCUCUCUCCAUUUUGCUGCAUUUCUGCAUAAUCCUAAAUGCCAUAAAGAGGGAUAUCUGUACACUUAUUAAAAUGCCUCAGUCACCUCUGGUCCUUUUUCAUACAUCUGUACUGAUUUCUGUUAAAUUCUCCCCUUCCUGUCAUACUGUCAAGACUGCAGCCUGUGGUGCUCUACAUUUAUUAAAUUCAGUGGAGCACACCAUCUUUUCAUUUACAUGGAAAUAUAUCGAGGUAUUAUGGUCCUUUACUGAAGCAAUAACUUUAGGCAAAUGCUAAUUAAUGAGUGAAAUCAGAUUCAGCUUGACAAUUGUGAAAUCUAAUAUGGCUGUGGUCAUGUUAAUUAAACUUCGACAAAUAAAUUAUCUAGUAAUGUGCAAAAAUACUGAAUUGUAUUAAUUUACUUUAGAGUUGUAAAAAAUGUAAUCUCAUCUUGCACAAUUUGUAAACUGCAUUUACUGUUCAUAUUAGUGCUUCUGAUAUGUGCAUGUGCCGAAAACCAAAGGUGUUCUAUUUUAAUUGGUCUCACAAACUUGUAAAUAAAGUGUGCACAUUUGUAUCAGA